UGCAUCUUAAUUACUCUUAAUUCAGCUUAAAUUCUCUUAGUUGCUUUUAAUUUAGUUUUAGAAUAACUCUUAAUUACUUUACUUUAUUAUUCUAUUUAAGGGUUUAUGUUUGACUUCAAAUACGACAACAGAUAUAAUUUAAAAUGAUGAUUAAAGUUAUAUUUUCUUAAGUCCUAAACAAUUACAAAAUAUAAUAAUAAUUCGCUUAAUAAAUGGCCAGAAUAGUUACGUUAAUAUUGUUAAUUGAGAGAGUUUUGUAAAAAGGGGAUUCUUGGGUGCUUAAAUAACAAUUACCAGAAUUGGUAGAAAUGUGCUUCUCAAAAAUGGCGAUUUUGGAGAUUGAUAAAAGUGUACGUGUUUGCGCUGUGAGUCUCCCGGGCCGUCUGACUUGUCCGUUGGCGCUCAGCAUUGAGGCAGGCCCGCGUCGACAGGACGCGGAAGUAGGCAGCGCCAGUCAGGGCGCGACGCUCAGGUAGUUUUUGCUCAGGUGGCGGCGCGCGAGAAUACAAAAGUUUCGGUGGGGUUGACUUUACUACAGGAUAGGGAUUCUCUCUUAAUUUUCAAAUGGCCUAAAUUGUCUUAAAAUAAUUAUGUAGCUGUUUUGCUCAGUCUUGGUUCUCGGUCCGUAGCUCAGACUGGACCACGUCAUACAUGCUAGGCUUUUUCCAACUGAGUGCCGCCUGGAUGAUCUGUCCCAUCAUGAUCCUCAUCAUCCGAGACGAGUGCAAGAGAGAGACCAAAUCCAAGCAGCAGAUCUUCAAGAGGAUUGCCAUGACUGAUGAACGUGACGUCAUCAUGGCCAGGGUCAAGGAUUUGCCCUCUUGGGUAUUCUUUCCUGACGUAGAGCGAGCCGAGUGGAUGAAUAAGAUUUUCAAAUUAAUCUGGCCUAAUGUGAACAGCUAUGCCCGAGACUUGAUCAAAAACACCAUCGAGCCAGUUUUGCAGGAAGCUCUGCUGCCUUACAAACUUGGCGACUUUAAAUUUGAGAGAAUCGUCUUGGGAAAUAUUCCACCCAGGAUUGGAGGGAUCAAAGUAUAUGAUCAAAAUGUGUCAAGGAGUGAGAUAAUAAUGGACAUUGAUUUGUUUUAUGGCGGAGACUGUGACAUUACUUUCAGUGCUAAAGGAAUUAAAGGAGGCAUUAAGGACUUCCAGGUUAGUGGACUUGUUCGAGUUGUGAUGAAGCCACUCCUGACGCAAAUUCCGCUGGUUGGAGGCUUGCAGGUGUUUUUCCUGAACAACCCUGAGAUAGAUUUUAACUUGGUGGGAAUUGCUGAUGUUCUCGAUUUUCCUGGAUUGAGGGAUGUUCUGCAGCGAAUUAUAUCCGAACAAGUUGCGGCCAUGAUGGUUCUGCCCAACAAAUUCCCCAUCCUCCUGAGUGAGGAAGUUCCAGCCCAAGUGCUGAAGACGCCUGAGCCAGAGGGUGUUUUGAGGAUUCACUUGGUGGAGGCGAGGAACCUGAUGAAGAUGGACAUCAGUGUCCUUGGAGAAGGAAAGUCAGACCCAUAUACUGUUCUAACUAUUGGUUCAAAAACCUACAAAACACAGAUUAUUGAAGGAAGCGUCAAUCCAAAGUGGGAUUAUUGGUGUGAGGUUGAAGUUUCCUCGUUUAAAGCACAGGAAAUUCUGAUUCAAGUUUGGGACUGGGACAGAGGAUUUCCUGGCUAUCAGAAUCACGACUUUCUUGGAAAGGCAACUAUCGAUAUCAACACCCUCGUGCAACGAGGCCAGUCAGACAUGUGGAUUCCACUUGAAGAAGCAAAGCAUGGUGACAUCCACCUGCGAUUCACUUGGUUUGGACUGAGCACAGACAGGAAUGAUUUGGCGGCCACUUUGGCCGAAACAAAGCUUUUGCACCUAAAUGGAAUGUCGUCUGCCCUGUUCAUCAUCUACAUUGACUGCGCCAAGCAACUUCGGUCUGUGAAGGACAACAAGAAGCCUGACCCUUACUUUGUGAUUAAUCUUGGAUCAAAAAGCGAGCAAUCGGCUGUGGUCAUGAGGACCAACGACCCCGUCUGGGAAGUGGGCUACACUUUCCUUGUGCAAAACCCCGACUCGGACACCCUGCACAUUAAAGUGAUGGAUCAAAAAACCACGUCUGAGUUGGGCAGCUUCACCUACAACCUGGUUGGUCUGUACGAGAGACGUCUGCUGCAAGUAAACAACCAGCCCUUCCGUUUGAAGGGAGCAGGACCGGGGGCAAAAAUAUUCAUGUCUAUGCAGCUGAGGAUCUUGAAGAAAGCCGAUGUCAAGAGUAUCACGAUUGAUAAGUCUGGUGGCAGCUCCCCUGUCCACAAGAAGGAGCCCAAAAGGAAUUUCUCAACGGAUUCGGCUAGCCUUGACACAGUUAGUGUUGGCAGCAUCAAGGCAGCCAUUGAACCCCUGGUUGAGAGUUCAAUUGCCCCUGCAGUCGUCAACGCCGCACCCCCGUCUUCGAUAAUCGAGUCAGGAUUGCGCCGCCGUGGAACCAUUAAAAACACCAACAUUGGCAGCAUUCAGAUGACCAUCGGCUACAGCCACCCAAGGCAGAGAUUGGUUGUCACUGUGCACAAAAUUGAAAACUUACCUCUGGAUGACCCCACUAACCCUCCUGACCCUUACGUCAAACUCCACCUGUUACCAGACAAGUCCAAAGAGCACAAGAGAAAAACUGAGACUGUCAAAGACGAUUGCAAUCCAAAUUAUGAGGAGACUUUUGAGUAUGUCAUGUCUGAAGGUGAGCUGCAUGGACGCAAACUGGAGGUCUCUGUCCUGUCCAACAAGAACUCCAUGUUUUCUUCCAACCCUUUGAUGGGACAGGUGGUCAUUACCCUAUCUGAGUUGGACCUGUCCGAGAACAACAAGGAUUGGUACACACUACUGAAAGCCUAGCAUCAAGUUUUGGAAUCAAACUAUUCAAUGUACCGAGUGUGGCCGCCCCGUCCCUGAGGGGUCGCAGAGACGGAGAAGGACACACAACUUCUGCCCUAUGGCAGGGUAAUCCGCUAGUGACUCCGAAGAUGUCCGAACCCGAUGUCGACACACCUCCCUCUCACUGCUCCCCCGCACCCUCGGUAAGGCGAUUUCCUGCGGGACAGCAACCUCCUCAGGUCAGUCCUCCCGCUCGAGUUCCAGGCCUCCCAGGGGAAAGUCCCACCAGUGGGGCAGCUUUUCCUGGAGGCCCUCGGCCAAAAGGUUCCCUCGAGUGGUGCUGAAUGCUAGCUAGCGCCGAUGGUCAAGAUUCCCUCUGAAGGGCAGACCCAAUGGUCUGUGCCUUCUUUUGGUCCAGCCCAAUGGCUGAU